AUGGAGAUCUUAGAUUUAAGUGUUGAGACUAAUAAUAAGCAAGUGAGCACUUUAAAGACAUCUGUGAGCGGUUUAGAGAAUAAGGUAGAAGCUAUUAAUAAUGAACAGAAUCAAUUGAACACACAGUUGGCACAGGCCGAGGCGGAGAAGAUCCGGCAGGAAACGGUCAGAGUUCUGAAUAAAGCAAAGCCACCGAAGCAAAACAUCAACGCUGAGGAAUACCAUGCCAUCAAGGAACUCAGGGACAACCCCCACUUAGUAGUGGUACAGGCAGAUAAGGGCAACGCCACUGUAGUCUUGGACACAACUGAUUACAACAAACGAAUGGAAGAUAUUCUCGCAGAACCUAUCUACAAGAAACUUCAGGGAGAUCCGACGGCCAAGCAACAACAACAACAACAACAACAACAACAACAGCAACAACAACACUAUGAAAGACAAGGUUCCCGAUGUUGA